GUGUGUGUGUGUGUGUGUGUGUGUGUGUGUGCAUCAGGGGGUGGGUGCAUUAGUCCGUGUCAGACAGCAAAGAGUGCCGCAGUUAUCUAGGAAUCUGAGCCAAAGCAACCUCACUAACAGACAGAGAGCAGGAGGAAGAGGAGGACCGGGAGUGAGAUGAACUGAAGCAAAAAGAAGAAGAAGAAGAAGAAAAAGAGGAAGAAGAAGAAGAAGAGGAUGAAUGAAGCACAAAAAGUAGAAAACAAGACAGACAAGGACAACAAUAGAAAUAUCAAAACAAAUUCCACCUGAGGAGGCAGUUGUUGAGAUAUAACGGAAAGUGAAAGUUUUCUGAGAAUUAUCAACAACAAAAGGGAAAGCAACUUACAGCUCAGAGAAAGAAGGCUUUCCUCCUGGAGGAGAAGGUGGACCACCUGAGUUUAAGACAAAGGUCAGCCUGCAUUUCUGCAUUUUCCCAUGAUUCCACUCGGCCCUCUCAGUUUGCUUCCUCUGCUGUCGCUGUACGUGGGAGCGCUGCUGUCCUCGGAUGCGUCUCCGGCCUGCACGCAGCCUCCCUGCAGGGACAGUCUGGUGGCUGCGCCCAUCCAGCCCGGGACGGGAGCAGGAGUCGGUACCGGGGCCUGUGAGGGUCAAACUGGGACAGCAGCCUGCAGGAUGGGGCUUUCACUUCCAGCCAUCUCAGAUGUUCCUCGGAGGGUGGAGAACAGGCACGAUGUCCCCCAGGUUCAGCCUAAGACUGGAGGUGUCAAAGAGCGUCUCGUUCAGCUGCAGCGCUGCAUGCGCUCUCUCCAGGAAACAGGGGGCCCCUGGAGCCACGGGAGCCAGGAGAACAGCUCUCUAGGGGCCAUCCUGGCACUGAUGGCAGCUGUGCUGACAGAGUGUGACCUCCACUGUCAUAGCCAGGCCCUUGGGGCGAUGGCCAAACGACUGGAGAGUGCAGCUGUAGGAAGAGAGGGGGAGAGAGACCUGCUGCUUUUCCUGAAGAGCAUCACACAAUAUCCACCCACAGCUGCCCCCUUGGAGAGGUUACAUCCUCAGGACUGUGCAGAGAUUUACAAGCUCGGGAUCAAAGAGAAUGGAAUCUACACCAUCCAGCCUGACCUGCACCGGCCGGCAUUGGAGGCUAAAUGUGACAUGGAGACGGCGGGUGGUGGGUGGACGGUGAUCCAGAAUCGGCGGGACGGCUCGUUGGACUUCAACAGGACAUGGCAGGAAUACCGGGAGGGCUUUGGCGGUCCGCAGGGAGAACACUGGCUGGGGAACGCAGCGCUGCACGCCCUCACUUCCAUGGGCCAACAUCAACUUCGCAUUGAGCUGGAGGAUUGGCACCAUCAGAAACGCCAGGCUACCUACAACCACUUCAAAGUGGCUUCAGAGGCACAGAGGUAUCGUCUAACAGCGCGGGAGUACUCUGGCGAUGCAGGCAACGCACUGAGCUACAGCAAACGUUACAACCACGACGGCAGAUCCUUCAGCACGGCUGACCGAGACCACGACCGUUACGCGGGUGGAAACUGUGGUCAGUACUACGGUGCAGGCUGGUGGUUCGAUGCCUGCCUGGCAGCUAACCUGAAUGGACGGUAUUACCGUGGGCGCUACAGCGGGGUGACCAACGGGAUCUACUGGGGGGCGUGGUACAUCCUGACAGACGGACGAACUGGAGAACGCUACUCCUUCAAGAGGGUGGAGAUGAAGACGAGACCCAAGAACUUUGUCGGAACAUCCUAAAUAAUGGUGACAAUUCUCACAGAUGAUCAUGUCAACCACAGUUUUAUUUUUAGUCACUGUGAAGGACAUCACUCUACUUAGAGCAGCUUUCAUGUUCCUUAUCAGUUACAUGCAGCGGGCAGCUAAUAAAUUAAAGAAAAAAAAUAUAAUGUCUAAACAUUCACUAGCAGACUGUUUGAAGCUACACUCCAUAUUACACUCUUUUGUUUAUUAAAGGGUUUCUCUCGUACAAAACCAUACUCAUGGCGUUACUCUAUUGCGGUGAUACAAAGAAAUAGAAAGUGAAAAAACUGCUUGUUGAGUUGUUAUUGCAAUUAAUUUCCAGAAUCUUUUGUUGUACAUUAAGAAUAAAAUUCUGUGGUACUUUAAUUAAUCGCUAGGAUGCCUGGUGAGACAUGUGUCUAAAUGCAAUCAUUGUUUACACGUAAAAGGUGAUUGUAUUGUGAUGCCAAACAUUGACAUACAACAAGUUAAGAUGAAACUGUUCAUAAAAGUGAUCCUACAAGAAUACAAGAUUAAAGGUGCUAAAUUUGAUAUCCAGAGAUUAUUUGCUAUGUAAAGAUAUAGAAGAGUAAUGUCUACCUGAGCAGAGAAUGAAGUCGC